AUGGAGCAAUGCGUGCCAAAUGCCCAGGACGCGAUCCAGACGGGGCACUAUGUGCCGUCAGCAGAACGAGGAGAGUCAGAUAGUCGAGACAUUCCAACUAGGGACAUAAUGGACCCCCUGUGGGCGACAGAUAAGGCUGCAACGGGAAAUGACCCGAUUUGGGACACGGACAACGAUAUCGAUCUGGAGGCUGAUGCAGAGGUGCAGAUUCGGGAAGAGAUUGAGGAAAUCACCUCAUCUGGGAUGAUGCGAAUGGACAUUCCCCCCAAGGCGACGGCUUUUGAAAGGCUGGAGCACCUAGGCCGGGCAAUACCUUCGGAGAGAGAUUCGGAAGGGAGGGCCAUCGACACAGCGGCCCAGCCGGAGCAGUUCAUUACAUUGGACGGGAAUCCGGAACCACUCAUUGCCAACCGACGCGGGGACAAGUUUGAAGACACAUUUACACCCGACUUUUCCCCAAAAGAUCUUCCCGUGUCUCUUCCCCUGGGGGAAAGGAGGACCCGCGGAAUCUAG